CGCAGCCUGCUGCCCGCUGGGAGCAGCUGCGCUCCGCCGCCAUGGUCAUCACCUAGGGCGGUGGACCUCCAUGGACCGGACCCGGAAGUGCCCGACAACGGCAAACGGAGCCAUCCGCCCCGCUGGAAUGGCGACGUGAAUGGCACCGCCUCGGCCAUAUCCUGGUCCCCCAAACACUCUAAGCAGAGGUGGUGGAGACCGGCGCCCGUGAUCAAACCAGGGCAGGUGCAUGGCCGAGCUUCCAGUAAUGAAGAGUGACGCAGGAAGCGAUGACGUUGAGAUUCCAGUGGAGAAUCAGGCUUUUAUGGAUGAUUUCUUUGCUCAGAUAGAAGAUAUCCGCGCCAGCAUUGACAAGAUUGAUGAGAGUGUCACAGAAAUCAAAAAACUCUACUCCGCCAUCCUGUCAGCUGCUUCAUCUGAACAGAAAACACAGGAUGAAGUUGAAGCCGUCACCAAUGGGAUCAAGAAGUCGGCUAACAACGCAAGAAACAAACUGAAGAGUAUUGAGGGCCAGCUUGAGAAAGCAGAUGAAAAAGCCUCAGCUGACGUCAGGAUACGCAAAUCACAGCAUGCCAUCCUGGCCAAGAAGUUUGUUGAGGUGAUGACCCGAUACAACGAGGCUCAGAUGGACUUCAGAGAUAAGAGCAAAGGACGGAUCGCCCGGCAGCUGGAGAUCACGGGGACAGCAACGACUGACGAAGAACUGGAGGCCAUGCUGGAGGGAGGAAACUCGGCUGUGUUCAGUGCCGGGAUCAUGGAAUCUAAGAUCACCCAGCAAGCCCUGAAUGAAAUUGAGGCCCGUCACAAAGACAUCAUGAGGCUGGAGAGCAGCAUCAAGGAGCUCCAUGACAUGUUUGUGGAUAUUGCCAUGCUGGUGGAGAAUCAGGGGGGUAUGAUUGACAGAAUUGAGAGCAACAUGGACCAGUCGGUGGGCUUUGUAGAGAGGGCAGUGGCCGAUACCAAAAAGGCAGCCAAAUUCCAGCAGGAGGCCCGCAGGAAACAAAUGAUGAUCUUCUGCUGCUGUGUGAUUCUGGCCUUGAUACUCGGUUCAUUUGUCUACAGCUUCUUCAAAUAGUAAUGCUGAAUGAGCCCCCCAGCGGGGUCCCACAGUGCGGGACGAGGCAGAGCAAAGUAGAGCCCGGGCUCAGUUUCGUCAUUUCACUCCUUCAAAUUAGAAAUAGAGUUUGAAAAUCUUUGCAUUCCUUCUCCGUUAUUUCUGAUAUGUUAUUACAACUUUUUCAACAUUCUUAGGGAGUUCCACAUUUAAAUUCAGUUUUAAUGUCAGAUCUUGUUGAACUAAAUAUUAGAGACACCUUUCAAUGCCUGCAAUGCGCUGCAUCUAAUACAGCACCAAGACUAAAUGACCUUUAGUUCCAACAAAAAGCUUUAAAGGCUUGAUGAAAGGGAAAUGUGUUGCUUAACUCUAACCAAUGCAGUGUAAAUCCCUGUUCCUUAUAAAAUGUAAGAACUACAGGUUCAAUCCACGAGCAGAAAAUAUGUUUUUCAUCUUUGGCCCUGCCGACAGUAUCUCUAUAAAUAUGUAUGGUAUUAGGUACAGGAUUUGUCAGUCAAUGCUAGUGUAUCUGUAGGACUUUUUAGGAGUGAUGAGUAAGAUCAGCUUUAAUUUAUAUAUUUAUCCACUCUUAACAUAGUAAAAGUAUUGGUUUUUUUCUGUAUGGUGAUCCUAAAUAUGUCUUCCUUCCGAAGAUUAUUUAAAAGCUGUCAAACCUGGAUUCCUUUUUAGGUGGGCUUUAAGAGCCCCAUUAACUACUAUCUCUGUUCAUUUAAAUACUUCAAGUAACAGACAAUGAACAGUGUCAGGAUCUGCUUUCAUAAAUACAUUGAAACAGUGACUAACUAAUGAGAAGUAAUGUUAUCAU